GCUGAAUCUCGCAGAGCGGGGACCGACUUGACGGAUCGGCGGGGAAUCUCGCGCGCAAACCACGCCAUGGCUGGCCGAGGAUCGGGCAUCGUCCUCGCGGUAUCCUUGCCAGACACGUGCGCGGUGGUGCGCGUGUGCCACUCGCAGUGAGGCCCGACAGCGACUGGAUCCUCCCUGCGAGGGCGCGCGCUCUCACGAUUACGAGCGAGGAUAACGAGCAUCGUGGGCUGUUGACGUCGUUAGGGCCGAGUUGAGCAACGAGAGGCGCGAGGUAUCCUCGUAUCGUGUCCUCGGAGAUCGGAAACCGGGCGGAGGGGAGGCUACAAUAAUUCUCGAUCCAAUUUCUUCCGAAGGAGAGUCGAAUUCGUCGACGAGCGGUCGCGAGGAAGCACGAGAAUCGCGAGGACGCGAUGCGAGCGUACUAGGAACUGCUGAUGAGAGGGGAAACGAGAAGAGAUAUCAAAAUUGGUCGCGAGUGCCCCGAAGCUCUCUUCGUUGCUCUCUCGGUUGUUCCGUGAAAGAAGGAAAGAAAAGGGUCGGAUAUAAAAAAGGGCAAUUUGAGCACGACGAGGCGCGGCGAAUCGGGGGAGACAUCUCGAGGCCAUGCCGGGCGGGGCGGCGAGUCGUGGAGGAUCCUCGGCGUCGAGCAGGUGAUUCGCUAACGAUGUCACCCUGAAGACCAGUCGAGAAGCAAACAUGUGCUGCUCGGGUGGCCCGGGUGGAAUCAGGCUGACCAGAUGCGGCGUCGUGUGCGGCCUCGCCGCGCUGGCGGCCCUCGGCGUCGCGCUUUCGGGACCGACUUGGCUGCACACCGAGGAGAAGCUCGCCGUGCCGGAUGUACCUAAGAAUUCCGCGGUCAGCGUCAAGUUCAAGCUGGGGCUCUUCAGAGUCUGCUCGACGAUCGUGAAUCCUUCCAACCUGACGCUACACUUUUCGUUACCGCCGCCUUGUAGUUACGUGAGGUACAGCAGCCUGGAGGACGUGAGGCCGAAGGAGUUGGGCUUCCCUCAAUUAGAAUUCACGCCCACGGUCGUUUCAAAAAUACGGAUCUCCGCACCCUUCCAAGUGGUCGCCGCGGUCCUGAUCUUCGCCGCGACGGUGUCGGCUCUGAUCGGCCAUUGUUAUUCCGAUCACAGGACCCUCGUAGCCUGCGGACUUUUCCUUCUAAGCGGACUUUCCUUGGGCGGCGGCUUGAUCGUUCUGGCGUCAGCAUUGUCGGACGCAUCACUAGAACUACCAGGGAAAUACAGUUUGCCGUCAACGGCCGGCAUGCAAAUGGACGAUAACGGUCUACCUCAGUACCAUUACGGCUGGUGCCUGCAGCUCUCGGGAUUAGCGCUGAUGCUGGCGGAAGUGGCGGCCGUUUUAACGAUGUCCGGUUACAUGGCGCGGUUCUCCACGGUUGAGGAGAUGGUGAGGGUCAUGGUCCCGGGAGCCGAGAGGAAGCUGAGGGAGCAGAGAGGGUUCAGCUCGGAGUAUCUCGUGAGGGCGCAUCAGAAAUCACCGGGGCCGCCGCAGGCCCGACCCUUCGGUCAGCCAACCAAAACGCCUCAAAAAAUAGUCGAAGAAGGAACUUCGUUGCUCUGCAAGUCGGCGCCCGAUAUCUGCGCGUCGAAUCCACAGGCCAUCAGUUACGUCGAUAAGGCAGACCUGUCGCACGUCUUACCGGUCUACCCGGACGGCAAGAGCAUCGACCCGCGGUACAACAACUUCGAUAAGUCUGAGGGCAACGUUAUAGAUUCCCGACUGAGCGGCUUCACCGACAAAGAAGGCUUCAUCGACACCCGGAUUCUGUCCGACUCCAGGCAGAACAUGAUCGCCUUUACGGAUAACAAGGAGCCCGACCAGGAGCAGCGGUACACCGAGUUCCCCGCGAGAAACACCGAUCAGAAUAUCGUAGAUUCCAGACUGAGCGGUUUCGUCGACAAGGAGGGCCUUCUCGAUUCUAGGCUGAGCGGCUACGCCGAUAAGAAUGAAUCUUUGCUAGAUACCCCGUUCGGUUAUGACACUAGAUUCAACAGUCUGGCCGGACAGACCGUCCCGAUUACGCUGAAGAACCAGAACGCCUCGGUAUCGGCCAUUCAGUCGCAGUACAUUUAUCAGAACUUUGGGACGAUACACUCGGGCAUUCUCAAAGUAUCGGAGCCGGGCACCAGCUCCAGUUCCAAUUCCAGUCAACGUAGCAUGACCCUGCAGAAUCCGAAGCGGAAGUCGCAGAUCGCUCAGAAUACUUUCAGCACGAUGGAAUGCGAGAAGAGAAAGCGAGCGUCCGGGCUAACCGGCAAGGCGGGCUUUUAUACCGGCAGCGCUGUAUGACCACCACCACCGCCUCCAACCCCGAGGUAACUCCCAGAAGAGGACACCCCACUGUAGCCGGAGCUCAGUACGACUUUCGAAUUGGGUUGGAGGAUAUCACUGAUCGCGCGCAAGGGGAGAGACAAAAAGAAUGGGAUUUUUUACCAGCUACAGAUAACUCUGCCACAUUUACUAACAAUGCGCUUGCCGACAUGCGGUACAUAAACCAAACAUGCGUUCUUAUCGACUAUCGGUGUUACAGGUUCCUACUAUGGAUCUUGAGAAGAUAUCAUAUGGACAAUGCCAAAAUCAUACGAUUAUACCGUGAUGAUGCGUUAAUUUAAAGCGAUAUCGAAAUAGUUGGAUUCAUAGUAGAAUCUUUAAAAGUACAAUUCGUGCAAGAAAAUAAAUGCGAACGUAAUUUUACAUAACUGCCAAUGACCUUGCGAACAAUUUAUUAAAUUAAUUAAAUAACAGAUGAAAAUGAUGAACGAUUCAGAUUACUCUCUCGUCAUUUUAUAUAAUGAAAAAGUAAGAUAAUGUCCGUCACUCGCUGUUAAGACUUUAACUUUAACAUCGUAAUCGCGUUUCAGCUGCAUAACCAAUUGAACAAAGCUGUAAGGUGAAAUAUUAAUAUAGUCAAUAUGUUGUAAUAUAAUUGGUGGUUGAUAUACUCAAGAUAAGUCGGGCGCAACUUUCGUACUUUCAUUUAAUAUUAAGUGUACCGCGAAAAUCCCGGUUAAUCAAAUCAAGUGUAAUGGUUUGUGAUUAUGGAUUUCUCCGAUUUUUCUUUCAGUGAUGUACACGCUCUAAUUGUAUCACUAAUCGAGGACAUAUCAGAAAUAAAAGCGUUUCCGUUGUUUAUGCUAC